GCCUGAUUGGAGUAGCGUAGGGUUGCUAGGCAACCCGCCCCGUUAGAGAGAAAUGCUGAGCGAGCGGGCUGUGUGAGGCGCGGCACCGGAAGAAUCCUCUGCCCAGUGGGACCCACACAGGAGCGGGAAGCUGCCCACCGAAACCCUGAGCCAAUGCUGCAGCUGCACGGCGCCUCCUAAUCCACAUCUAAAACAAUGGCCGACACUGUUGAUCCCAGGAUCCUGCAGCUGGCUGCUGAGUAUACAGAGUGCAGCAACGAGAAGACCCCCGAAUUGUUGCUUCAGCUGAAAGAUAUUGUGAAAUCAGUCCCUGCUGGGAGCGAAGAGCAGAGAAAAGUAAAGGAAGAUCUGUAUCAUUAUGGCCUGAUUCAGUGCAGCGUCCUCUUCCUCAUCCAGGAUUAUAGGCGGGUUAAUGGCGGCUGGAUGACAGCAGCGAGUCUUGCCGACAUACUCAGUUUGUGCUGUGUGGGUCUGGACCCACAGGAGGAUGCAGAGGAAUUCUAUAACAAGCUCUUGCCCUCAGCGCUUGGGAACAUGUUGCUCUUGGCCAGGCGGAUUCAGGCUCGUUAUGUUCGGGCAAUGAAGGAGGAAGAGAGAGGAGAAUUGUUCAGCAGUUUCCGUAGGGUGAGCGAUUCAGUCAGCUGGUUGUUCAGCGGCCACGUACAGCUCGCCAAAGACGUUCUGCGGAUGAAGCAUUUCCUUCAGUUGCUGAUGGCGGAUGAUGAGGAAACAGAGGCUGUAGCGAUGUCUGUGCUGCAGAAGGUUCUGCGAGUCGACAGCUCUGCCCCGCGCCAGUUAGAUGAGGAUUCUCUGCUCACCAUCUUGGAUGAACUUGUGUACAAACUCUCAGCGUCCUCCAAUCCUGUCAUUGGGCGAGCAGCGACCGGCUCUCUGCUUCUGAUGCUGGAAUCCAGUCCAGGCAUUGGGCAGCUGGUCGGAGCCAGGUAUAAGGGUCUUAGAACACUUCUAAGCAAACAAUGGACCGGCAAGGGCUUUGGGCAGGAGCUUGGGCAGCUUCUGGAAAUCCUGUACUCUAGUUCUUACCAACAGGAGGACCUACAGAGGCUCCACAGGGCAGCGUGCACCAUUCAGGCCGUGUGGAGGGCAUUUCUGGUGAGGAAGAGGAUGAAGAGGCUCCCGAAGGCUGUAACUUCCCUACAGAGAAGCUUUAGGGCCAGGCGAGAGCGAGAGGUCAGUCAGCUGCAGAGACAGAGAGAGGAGGAAGCUCUACGGCAGCAGCUGCAGCUUCACAGGCUCCGGGCGAUGAGACGGUUCCGAGAGAAGCAACUUGCUCUCCUGGAGAUCGUGCACCCAGGGCAGAUGGACAAGCACUUGCGGGAGGUGCAAGAGAAGGCGGCGCAGACCAUUCAGAGGAUCUGGGGGGGGUACAGGGAGCGGAGGAAGUUCCAUAAGCAGAAGGUGCAUCUGGCACAGUACAAGGCGGCCGUCUGCAUCCAGAGAGCUGCGCUCAGGUUCCUAAACAGGCGGCGGAAAAUGCGCGAGUCUUUAACCCCGUGGAGGAAAACGGAUCUGUCAGACGAACGUCGCCAGGAGCUUCAGCUGAGACUGGACAGUCGCCUCCAUCUGCACCCUGCCCCACAGAUGUCAGCAGAGCAGAGCAGCGACUUACACAGCCGGGCCCAGGAAAAGCUGGGUCAGUACCUUCUGAAAAGGAGCUUCCACAGGGGAUCCGAGCAACGCAGAGAGGCGCUACUGGCCCAGAUUAACACUGAUAUUAAUAUGCUGAUGGAUGCCCCGGCCUUGGCACAUGUGACAGAGAAGGACCUGGACAAGUUUACCAGCCGCUCGGUCCCCGUGGCCCUAAAAGCCAAACAGAGGCACAACGUGACGCUCAGGCGCAGCCGCUGGCCCUGGUGGCGGAAACUGGGGGACGAAUUUAUAGAAGACGACGAGGUUCUUCUCUCUGAUCUUCCUGUUCCGGAGCUCGGGGCCCUGUUCCUCGCUGGCACCAAGGACUGAGAACCUCAUACCUGUAAUGUUCCAUGUUAUUAUUUUUAUAUAUAUUUAUCAUAUACUUUCAUUAAUAACUCUCGGCCCUUGGUUUCCCUGCUGGAGGCACCAUAGCAACAGGGGGAUAAUGGAGCAGGUCCUGAAAGGGGAGGGGUUAUGGGGAAGUGCCCCUAAGGGGGGGGGGGGGGGGUUCACCUUAAAGUUAACUUUUAGUAUGCUAUAGAAUGUCCUAUUCUCAGCAACUUUUCAAUUGGUCUUCUUUUUUUUCAAUAUAGUUUAUUUGCCUUUUUCAGCUGGAAAAAUGUAGACAAAAAUGGUAAAUAAUUACAAAAAAACUGUAACAAAUAAAUAAUGAAGACCAAAUGCAAAGUUGCCAGGAAUAGAACCUUCUAUAACGUACGAAAAAUGAUCUUAAUCUUAAAGGGGCAGUUCAUCUUUAAACUCACUUACCCACCGAUGGGGUUAACAGAGAAGAGGCGCAAGUCUGUUUCUAGGGUUUACUGUCCCUUUAAUGUGCAAUGAUCCAACAAUGUGUGGGAAAUCUUUAUUGCACCAACCGACCAAUGAAAUAACAGAACCAAGGCGGUUUAUUUGGGAGGAGUCAGCGGCAAGCAAAGUGCACAGGCAGUGGGGCGGCGGGGGCUGUGAAUAUUACUAUAAAGGAGCCAAUCAGGGCCGAUAUCUACCUGCCCGUUACCAAGGAUUGGCCGGUUUGUACCAGUGAUAUACAGCAGCCAUACUGCGAGGCCCCGCCCACCCCCAAAGGCUGUGUGGGGAUGCUGGGAAUUGUAGGCUAACAAUGGAAACCCCAGGUAACAAGUUUCUCCCCGAUAGUGAUGGCAAAUUAAAGGGGAAGAUAUCUAACAGUUUAGUCGGCGGCGCUGUAUAUUGCACUGAUACCGCCAAGUGUGGGUCGGUCACGCCGCUCGCAAUGUACAAAAUAUAGAAUCUGUGGUUUCGUUGGUUUCACACUCGGAUAUUACAAAAAAAAAGAUAAAAUGUACAAAAUCAGGACGUGCGUCCGGUCUGUCGCUAACGCGUUGCCGCGUGGGUGUCGGGGAAGCGACAUAAUAAUCCAUAAUUGUACCGACGUCCCACCGGCGGGGUAACGAGUCCGCUGACACUUUAUCCACAAAGGCCACGUUAUCGUUAGUAAAUAUAUAAAUAUCCGUGGAAACCGCGUGCAAAGUGCCGCCAUGAUACAUUCCUUGGGUUCCUCCAUGGAGGAAAAUAUCAAUAAAUAAAUAAAGUCUCCGAGUCCUCAA